CUACGAUCACGUUUCUUUUCACUAUUUUACUAUAAAACAGGAAACUUUUCAUAGCGUAAAAUAGUUAUUGCAAACAGACUGACUUCAGUGUAACUUUACUAAAGUGUGAAUUCUUCAUUGCUCCAAAACCACAUUCCCAGUGAGCAUUCACUCCUCACCAUGAAUAAUAUAUCAUUAAUUUGUGGAAUCUUAUACAUUGGUAUACUUGCUGCCGAUAUCACUCCGGUUCACAGCACAGAAAAUGCGCAAGAUUCUCAAACCACAGCACCCUCCCAACCGUCCAUCUAUACUCCUUCUUUGAGCUGCAUUGUUUUAGGAAAUCUUGGAUGCGGAGUUCAAUGCUCUUACAUUGGAAAACUCCAAAACGCCCACCUUACAUUAGGACAGUGCGACAAGAAUCAAGCAUGCAUCUGUAACAUCCAAUCGGGAACUCUGCGCGAAUUGUGGAAUGCAAAAUUUAACUCGGACGAUAUUCUCAAACAAAUCAAAAAAGAUAAAACCCUCAUCAGAAAAGUUGGAGAAGCUUUACGAAACCCAUAUAAAACGGGCGAGCAAAGUAAACAAGACCUCGAGGAAAUUUUACCAAAAGAAAUGUUCGAAAAACUUCGCCUCAGGUAUGACACUAACAAACUGAACCAGAGGAACCCAGAUUUGGCUGAUUUGAAGAAAUUUGUCGAAAAAAAGAUGUUAUCCGAAGUGCUGGGUUCGCCUUAUUAUAACCAUAAGCAUCCAGAACGUCAUAAUUGGUUACUCAGUUUAUUCAACUUCUUGCGCGAAACCAAGGAUGAAGCUAGUAUCCAAAGUAUAUAUCAUCAAAUUGCUCUCACCAACAAUGAUACUUUGAAAGGAAAGCUGGAAAACUAUUUGAAAAGAUACCCAGAGUCUCCUCGGGUAGAUACGACUGUUCAGUACGAACAAGAUAGCGGACUUCCUCAAGUGGUCACUAAUAUGGCCUUGGAUGGAAUGAUCAAUCAUGUUAAAAUUCCUGAAGAUUUUCGUAAUUUCCCAUAAGAAUGCUUCGUGUUGUACGAAUAAUUCAUUUUAUGUACAUAUUAUGAAUACUUAUUAAAGUACUACCACAUUUAGUAGAUUUCCAAAUGAGGGAAAAUUGACUAUAAAAUAAAUGUUUCAGCAUCA